CCGUUCCCUCCCCGGCGUCCGGCGGCGGGAGCCAGGGGGAGCCCGGGAGCAGCGGCAGCCCGGCGGGCAGCGAGCCCGGCAGGCAGGCGGGGUCCCCCGCCCGCCCGCGCUGACGUCAGGAAACUUUCUCCGCGGCUGAGGCGGGAGCGGACCGGAGCGGUCGCCGGGUGCCGGCUCGACUCCAGCAACGGGACGGUUUCCGUCAGGUCGCCCAGUACCUGAGAAAACUAUAAAGCAGCAGUAACAAAGGCUCCAAAAUGUUGAUAAAUGAAUGAACUGUACCAGCUGAGAACUAGUGUCCGCUUUUGACUUUGGCAAGAGAUUUGAAUGCAGAAGGGUUAAAGUGGGGGGAAAUAAACCAGAUCCAGAAACGUUGUUGACUGAAUAGACUUUUCAACAUGAAUCGUGCUUUUAGCAGGAAGAAAGACAAAACAUGGAUGCACACUCCUGAAGCCUUAUCAAAGCAUUAUAUUCCCUAUAAUGCAAAGUUUCUUGGCAGUACAGAAGUGGAGCAGCCGAAAGGCACAGAAGUUGUAAGAGAUGCUGUUAGAAAGUUAAAGUUUGCCAGACAUAUCAAGAAAUCUGAAGGCCAGAAGACACCCAAAGUGGAAUUACAGAUUUCAAUCUAUGGUGUAAAAAUUCUAGAUCCAAAAACAAAGGAGGUCCAGCACAACUGUCAGCUCCAUAGGAUAUCAUUUUGUGCUGAUGAUAAAACUGACAAGAGAAUAUUUACCUUCAUAUGCAAGGACUCAGAAUCCAAUAAGCACCUGUGCUAUGUAUUUGACAGUGAAAAGUGUGCAGAAGAGAUAACUUUAACAAUUGGCCAAGCCUUUGACUUGGCUUACAGGAAAUUUCUGGAAUCCGGAGGAAAAGAUGUUGAAACACGGAAACAAAUUGCAGGUUUACAGAAAAGAAUUCAAGAAUUAGAAACUGAAAACACAGAACUGAAAAAUAAAGUCCAAGAUUUGGAAAACCAGUUAAGAAGAACACAAGUACAUGCAUCUCCACUGCUGCACAUAAAGUGUGAUAAUGAUGAACAUAUGUUUCAAAGACCCUCUACUUUUUUCUGGUGUAACAAUGAGGAUUCACCUCCUUGUUUAGAUAUCUCUUCCAUUACGCUUACUCCUAGGAGUUCUCCUGACUCUAGACUACCACCUGGAUUGUUAAUACCACCACCUUCAAAAAGUGGUCUUCCAAAGCCAACCAGUGAAUACAGCUGCCCAAGACCUCGUGCAGGCAGUGUGACACCUAAAUCACCCUCCACUGACAUCUUUGAUAUGGUUCCCUUUUCUCCCAUAUCCCCUCAAUCAUCAACACCUACUCGCAAUGGUACACAGCCUCCUCCAGUACCCAGUAGAUCUACAGAGAUCAAGAGAGACCUUUUUGGAGCAGAACCUUUUGACCCUUUUAGCUGCGGAGCAGGAGAUUUCCCUCCAGACAUUCAGUCCAAACUAGAUGAGAUGCAGGAGGGGUUCAAAAUGGGAUUAACUCUUGAAGGCACAGUCUUUUGUCUUGACCCGCUAGACAGCAGGUGCUGAUGCCAAGAAACUCAAUGUGAAAUUCCUGCACAGUGUUAUUUGGUUGGUUUGAGUUGGGUUUUGGUUUCCUUUGGUUUGGUUUUUUUUCAGUUCUGAACAUGUAAUCACAGGUAUCCACAUGCCAAAAAUUGCCUUUUUUUUCUCCCCCAACAUGUAAACUCUUGUGAAGUCUGUACAAAUCCAACUUAGUUCCACUCUUUCCCUGUGCAAAUGUAAGAAAAAAGA